AUGUCCUCUUCAGCAGCGGCAUCCAACUCGUCGACGCCGGUUGGGGAACCGAUGCAAGCGCCACAGCCUCAGCCAGCCGGCCGGGUGUCGUUCCGCGACCUGUGCUGCCUGUUUUGCUGCCCUCCCUUCCCGUCCAGCAUCGUCAGCAAGCUGGCUUUCAUGCCGCCCGAGCCGUGCUAUUCGAUCACCGAUGACUGCAAAAUGAGCCUCAUCGAGGGGCGAGCCGACUGGCCGCACGAGCAGGAGGAGCUGAAAUUGGUUGAGAUGUUUACAACAAGGACGAGGCGCAGAAACAAGAUCGCGUGCAUCUACGUCCGGCCGUGCGGCAAUCAGGCCAAGUACACGCUGCUCUUCUCGCAUGGCAACGCCGUCGACCUGGGGCAGAUGAGCAGCUUCUACUACGGGCUCGGCUACCGGAUCGGCGUCAAUGUGUUCAGCUACGAUUAUUCGGGCUACGGCUGUUCCACGGGCAAGCCGAGCGAGAAGAACUUGUACGCCGACAUCCAGGCGGCAUAUGAGGCUUUGCAGUCAAGAUUCGGCGUACCCGCGGAGAGGAUCAUCCUCUACGGCCAGAGCAUCGGCACCGUCCCAUCCGUCGAUUUGGCCUCGAAACAUCCGAAUGUCGCUGCAUUGAUUCUGCACUCCCCGCUGAUGUCCGGCAUGCGAGUGGCGUUCCCCGGCACGCAGCGGACGUGGUGCUGCGAUGCAUUCCCUUCCAUUGAAAAAGUACCGCGCGUCACGUGCCCCACAUUGGUCAUCCACGGCACCGACGAUGAGGUGAUCGACUUCUCGCACGGCGUCUCCAUGUACGAGCGAUGCCCGGCGUCGGUCGAGCCGCUUUGGGUUGCCGGUGCUGGACACAACGACGUCGAGCUGCACGGCGCCUACCUCGACCGUCUGCGUCAAUUCAUCGAGACUGAAGCGGGCAAGCAGCCGGCCACCACGCAGACCAUCCAACAAAAUAGCACCACCAACCACACGCGGGCCAGCGAGUCGGCCCGGACCGCGUAUUUCAUCGACCACAUGCAGCGCUGCGUCCAAAACAACCUGGAGGCGGCCCGCCGAGGAGGAAUACCCGGAACGCGCACCCUUGUAGCCGGUUAUAUCAACGCGUGCUCCGACAUUGCGAGCGAGAUCGAGGACGGCUGCCUGGGCGACGGAUGCCCCGCCUGGCAGGUCAUCUACACGUGUAUGCGCUGCGGCGAACUGUCGGCUGCCUCCGAUGCGUUGAAUCUUGUCGCCGUCAACCAACGCACCAACAUGCUCUACAAGUGCCUCGUCUAUUUGAAAGAUAACUCGAGGCUGACGGAGGAGCUGAAGGAGAAAUUGAAGGUCGAAUGGCGUCACGAGCAGCACUCCAUCCGGGAUCUCUACAGGAAGGGCCUAUACAGCGCGCUGCUCGGCGUCGAAUCCCCGAUCGCCGACACGAUGGAGAAUUGGCUGUGGUUCAAGCUGAUCCCGCUGCGACUCGACCCCCACAUCACCCGGGCCCUCUACGUGGACCUGCAGAAGACCAUUUCCAUCGAUUACGGCGUCAGCUACUUCAUGGCCAACGGUUUUCGCGACGCGCACAUCUAUUUCCUGGCCCUCACGCUCAGCGGCCAAUUCGAACGCGCCGUCGAUUUGCUGGUUGAGACCGGCCACGUGAGCGAUGCGGUGCACAUGGCCAUCUUGGCCUACGAGAACGGCUUGCUGAAGUUGACCGACCCGGCCGUCGAGAUGCAAAACAUCAAGCUGCUCAACACCAACCCGGACGGCAAAUCGGUGGCGGCCACGGUGUCGCUGGCCCGUCUGCUCGUCAGCUAUACGAAAGGAUUCGAGAUGGAAGACGUGGAGACGACGCUCGAUUAUUUCUACUUACUAAAGGGCCAGAAAACAGCCCAAGGACGCGACAUUUUCGAGUCGGCCGUCUCACGUGUGCUCUAUUUGACCGGAAACGUGAAGGCUGUGAUUGGCGAAUUGCAGGGACAAAAACGAUCCAAGGCUCUGAUUGACAACUAUGACGUCGAUGUGCGCGCGAUUAUCACCCGCGUCGCCGAAGACACCGAAUUGUCCGGAAAUCCUGAUCAGGCCGUCGAGCUGCUGCGCAUCUGUGGCCAAGACGAUCCGGCGAUCGAGGUGAUGGCGCGGCGUCUCUCCGAGCUGAUCACGCAGAACGACGAGAGCCAUCGAAUUCCCGUUCUCCGGGCCGCCGAAGAUUUGGCAAAGCAUUCGAUCAACGCCUCCUCGAAGGCGCUGAGCACCCUCACGAUGCUGCUCGACAUCCACGGACUGCUCGACCGGUGUCGCCACAAACUUUACGAUGAAGUGAUGCUGACGAUUCGCGAGACGCGCCUCAUCCCCACCGACCAGAUCAACGUGCACGCGUUCACCGCCCAGGAGCAUUUGAUGGCGCCCCAGGUUCGUGCCGUUUUGCCGGACGUUUGCCUGGCGGUGAUGCAGUGCAUGGCUGAUGCGUUCCCGGAAGCACGACCGGCCACUCGAAGCGACAUCAAGAGGCAAGCCCAAGCGAUCGUCGUGCUGGCGGCGGGCACCAACUACAAGUUCCCGCAGAACAUCAUCUCCAAGCUGCUCUCAAUCCAGGCCAAACUCCAA